UUCCCAAAGAAGGGUUUUUCGAGGGGACUGACUAAGGAGAAAUAAGUAUCUGCUAUGAUUAAAUCAGAUAUAUCAUAGAGAAUAUGACCCACAACCAAGAUCAUCACUGACCACCAAGCAUUGUUUUCUCUCAUCUUUUCUCUUUUCCCUCCUCUCAUACUGCUUUAGCCAUUUACAGCUUUCUCUUCCAAUCUUAUCUGACACCCAUCACAAAAUCUGAACUUUGAAGUACCCAUCUAUAGAACCAGCCAAAUUGAGAAUGGAGCAGUUUAAGCAUACUGAGAUGUGCAAGGAUCGAGUCCCAGGAGCACCAGAAGCAGUUCAGAAGAGGAAGGCAAUGGAGGACAAUGACGACAUGGGAUUUCUUCCUGCUUUGAAACCCAUCAUUACUGAUCGUCAUACCUCUAAAGCCAGAUUAUCAUCUACACAGGAUUCCAUGGCUGCUUUGAAUCUCACCAGAACUUGUUUUGAGGAUAAUGAACAUCAUAAUAAUUGUAAUGAUAAUGAAGGUUGUGAGACUCCAAAGUCUGAGAAGCAUCAAAUACCUAAAAUUUUGUCAUGCCCUGGAGCUCCAAGGAAACCCAGAUCAACAGUGAAGAAAUGUAAGAGAUCUGAGGAGUUUUUCUACAUCAGUCCUGUUGAGCUGAAUUUGCUCUUCAGUCUCUCAAAGCCCACACAGUUUGAUUUCAGUGUCACGGUUAAAACAUUUCGUUGGUGAAGCGGUCAUCAAAGUUCAAACUAUGCUGCUCGUAGACCUUGUGUUCGUGGGUUUGAACAAGUGAAGUGUGGGGAUGAGGUCCCCCAGUUGUGGCCUCACCGGUUCAUUGCUCCGAGUCAAAAGUGUCACAAAUUUUUACCAGGCAUUAUUUAAAAAAAUAAAA